AUGGCUGCGUAUGAUGAGCGCCUGGACAGGAUGGAGACCCAGCAGGGGAUAUCCUUGGCGCGCAUCGAGAGGGAGCAGGCCCGAGCUAGGCGCAUGCAGGAGGUACAGGGGCAUCUGCUCCAGCUGCUACCGGGCGAGCAGCCAGUCUGGAGGACUCCCUGGGAGGACUCUCCACUUCCACCUCCACCCGCUGAUGACGAUGAUGCAUUCAUGAAUGACAUCGAUCUGGACAACCUCGGCGACGAGUAG